AUGUUAUCAGAACUUGAAAUACAAGCAGUUAUUGGAUUUACUGAUAAAAUUACUUAAGGGUUGAUUUUGCAUCCAGAUAAUGAGCAUAUAAUAUAUCCAUUCGGUUCGACUAUUGUUGUAGACCUAUAAUCAGCAUGGCUCAAAUAUUUUUAAGUUGAAAUUUAUAUAAACUUUAAUUAUAUAAAUCUGAUAUUCAUUUUUUUUAGAGGACAUCAUAACUAAAUUUCUGUGUUAACAGUUUCUCGCUCUGGCGAUUAUGUAGCCUCCGGAUAAAGAAUUUAUAUGGGAUUCUAAGCUGAUAUUAUUAUUUGGGAUUUCAAGGAAGAAGCAUGA